AACGGCGUUACCAUGUCAACGCAGCAUGAAGAAGCUCCUUAAAGUAGGUUACCGCUCUCUCGGCAUCAUCCGCCCCCUCCCCUGACACUUCCCGUCUCCUCUCCUUGGCCCCGAAUGUUUUUGUCUCUCUCAAGAAUUGGAGCGAGGUGAGCGGAGCCUUGUCUGGGUCUUUUUAAAGAUCCAGGAAAAAACAACCAAACAACAACAACAAAACAAAACAAAAUUUAAUGAAGAACAUCUUCUCAAGACGCAAGAUAUUGGUCAUGUGAUAUUCUGCACUUUUGGCAAUGAAGAAGGGCUCUGUAAGAAAAGCAUUAUGUAGAAAAUCCCAGAUGUCAGCUUCUCCACCAUCCAGUCCAAUGUCCCCUGGCAGUACCAGUACCAGAUCACCAUCUCCUCUUGGCCAGCAGACAUCUCCAUCUGCUUGCAAAACCACAGGGCAGAGGAACCAACAACUUGAUGGUACUGCAGAAAACACAGAAGCUGCUGUUGAGUAUGAAAAUGGUGUUCGUCCAGGAGUUAGGUACAUUACUGAACCCCUUAUAAAAGGGCUGUCAAAACAGGAAAAUUUGGAAUUUAUAAGCACACUUAAUCUUUCUUCCACAAAGGAUGGGAAAAAGAAAUUUAAGUAUAUAGAAAACUUGGAAAAGUGCCCUAAACUAGAGAGCCUAAAUCUUAGUAACAACCAAAUAGAGAAGAUUGAGAAGUUGGAUAAACUGAUGAAGCUGCGAGAACUGAAUUUGUCUUGCAACAGAAUUAGAAAAAUUGAGGGUAUAGAACACAUGCAGAACCUACAGAAGCUGAACCUUUCAGGGAAUGAGAUUGAGCAUAUUCCUGUGUGGGUGGGGAAGAAACUGAGAUCCCUGCGCAUCCUUAAUUUGAAACAGAAUAAAAUCUCAUCACUCCAUGAUAUAGCUAAACUAAAGCCUCUGCAAGACCUGAGCUCUCUGUUUCUUGCUGAUAAUCCAGUUGUAACUCUGCCUCACUACCGCUUGUACACCAUAUUCCACCUGAGAGCACUGGAGAACCUGGAUGGACAGCCAGUGACAAAUCAUGACAGGCAGGAAGCUCUAGAGAGGUUUAAUUUAGAAGAGAUAGAAAAAUUAGAAAGAGAGUUGGAAAACACAGUGAAGGAGAUGGAGAACCUUAAACUUAAGCAGUCCAAAGUACUUGAGCAGCUUCGCCAUCAAGAGGAGGUCAACAAAUCAUUAAAAGAAAAGACUUUGCAACAGAAACAAAGUUAUGGAGACCUACAAAGGGACCUGGACACCAAAAAUGAAUUGCUGAUGUGUUGGUUUGUUACAGUUCCCUUUCCACAGAGCCUUUAUUCCUCACUGAAGUUAAAGAGGAAGACAAUGGAGCUGACCCGAGCUUGCCAGAAGCAAUAUGAACUGGAGCAGGAAUUGGCCUUUUACAAGAUUGAUGCCAAAUUUGAGCCAUUAAAUUAUUUUCCAUCAGAGGAUGUUGAGCUGGAUGAUGUGCCUGGUGAAAGCCCAUACAUUGGCAAGGCCAGAUAUAAGAGAAAUAUGUUCAUAAGAGAAGGCUACAUUGCCAACAAAGCUCAGCACAUGGAGUUUGGAAAAGUGCAACUAGAUGAAAAUGAUUUCUCUAGGAAACCCCAGCUCCAAACUCUAGAUGAACGACUAGAGGAUAAAGAAAAAAAGAUUAAUUCAGCACAAAGAAGAUUAGAGGAACUUCAAAGUGCAAUAGGAAAUGCAGAGCAACAAGUUUUGAAAGUAACAGAGGAACUGCAACAACUGGAGGAUGCUCUGGCUCAGAAAAAAAUAUCCCAGGCCAACAAGGAAAGUCUUGAGCAGCAGUUGAGUGAAAAGAUAAAACUCUUGCACCAGCUCCGCAAGGAAGCUCUGGAUCUGGAAAAACAGCUGGAGAAACAGAAAAGAGAAAUAGGGAAAAAGCAGAAAGAGCUUGAAGACUUGCAGAGUUCUCUUGCUUCUGUAAAUCCUGAAGAUCCAAGACAUGCUCACAUGAAAGCUCAAAAAGCAAGUAAAGAGCAGCAGUUUGAGGUAAUGAGCAAACAGUACAAACAGCUUGAGAGUCGCCUGGAUGAGAUGCUCUCCAGGAUUGCCAAGGAAACUGAGGAAAUCAAGGACUUGGAGCAACAGCUCACUGAUGGUCAAAUAGCAACAAAUGAAGCACUGAAAAGGGAUUUGGAAAGUAUUAUAAUGGGAUUACAGGAAUACCUGGAAAGUGUUAAAUGUCAGGCAAAACAAGCUAGUGAUGAAUGUAAGGAGUUGAGGAAGGAUAAAGAAUCUCUGCUGCAAAGAUUGGCAGAUCUAGAGAAGGAAAGAAACAACCUGGAAAUAGUUGCCAUGGAUGCAGAGAAUAUGAAAAAAGAAAUUGCAGUGCUGCAGAGUGCACUCCAGGAGCAGCAAGAAAUGAAUGAAUCCCUUCAAGAUGCACAAGGGGACAUCAGGGCAUAUGAGGCUGAACUGGAAGCCCAGCUGAGAGACAGAGACACUGAAGCCAAGCAGCAAAAAGAAGAAUUGGAAAGGCUGAAACACCUUAGCCAAAUGGAAUUGUCAGCCCUGCAAGCUGAACUCGAAAAAGAAAGGCAAGCAUUAGAGAAUGCUCUGACCAAAGCACAACUAGCAGAAGAAAAGGAGCAACAAAAUUACAAGCUUCUUUCUCAGUUUAAACAAUUGCAGGGAGACAAUAAUCUCCUAAAACAACAGCUUAAAGAUCUCCAGAAUCAGCUAAACCACGUGGUUGGUAACUUAAUUCAUCCUGAGGAAGUCUUAGCUCGUAUAAAUGAACUCAAGCAAAAACUUCAGACAGGAGCUGGAGAGAUUAAAUGUCAGAAUUCAGCUGAUGUUUUAGGGAAAAGCCUUGGAAAUCUGCAGAGAGAACUGAAUGACAUCCUUGCUGGUGCUCAGAGGGAUAAAGAAAAAGCAUGGGCUAAACAGAGACAACUGCAGGAAGAAAUGGCAUCCCAGCAGGAAAAACUGGAAGCAGUACAGGAGAAAUACAGACAGGUUAAAGCUGAAAACAGGCAGAACAAGAACAAGGUCCAUCAGUUAGAGAAUGAAAUUCAGCAUUUACGUGAAAAAAUCAAGAGCAUGGAAGAAAUUCAGGGCCUUGCUGACCAACAGCUCCAAGAGGCAGAUGAAGAGAAGGAAACUAUUCUUGCUCAACUGGAAGAUUUGGAGAAAAGGAAAAAAACAGAAGAUGCCAGGGCACAAAUGCAAUUUGUCAGUCUAGAUAAAGAACUAAAGGAAUUAAAAAGAGCAGUUAUUACUUCAGAUAAACUGGCAGCCACAGAGCUCUCCAUUGCUAAAAAUCAGCUGAAGGCUCUUCAUGGGACUGUGCUCAGAAUCAAUCAGGAGAGAGCUGAGGAGAUUGAGGAAGCUGAAGAGUUCUGUGCUGAGGCAGCUCGUGCAGCCCAGGAUCUUGCCAAAGCAGAAGCAGAAAUAGAAUUGUUACAACAGCUCCUCAAAGAGAAGGAAGAACAACUUCAGCAUGAAAUGGAGAAAGCUGGGGAGAAGACACUUUCAUCAAGUACUCUGAAGCUUGAAAUUGGGAAACUGCAUGAAGCUGUGGAGCAUCAGAGAGCAGAACUUGAACGUUUAAGGUGGCUGCUGGACAACACUGGGCCAGAUAACAAAGAUGAAAUUGACAACUUACAAGAUGAAAUUGCAGCACUCAGAAAUGUGCUUUCCCACCAGAAUGAUUACAUCACCAGCAUAGCAGAUCCACUGAGAAGAAGGGGAUACUGGUAUUACAUGCCAUCAUCACAGGCUUCAACUCCUGCUUCCCAGAGCACAAAAGAUUCUGGAGUUUGUUUACAGUGUUCUGGGCCAUCCCCACACAGGAGAGGGUGUGGUCAGGACAGGCAGGGCAGGAAGGAAGACUUGCCCAAUCCAGGAGGAUGUUGGGUUUAUUCACCACUCAGAAAUAGGUUGUACAAAGCCAAUUCUGGUAAAGACAAAAGAGCAAAAGAAGAUAGUCAAGGAAAUGAAGAAACUCAUGUUCCCACAGACCCUCCCUUUGUGCCCCCCCCAGGCACAGUGAUUUACACAGUCCUCCCAGAUGGUGCCCCUGUGCCCCAGGGAAUGGUGAUUUAUGGCCCCCCUCCUGCAGCAGGAAAUGGAGGUUCCAUUGCUCCUGGAUCUGUCAUCUAUGGCCCCCCUCCUCUGGGAACCCAGGUUGUUUAUGGCCCUCUUCCUCCACACUUCACCGUCCCACUCAUCCCUCUUGGAAUGCUUCACUGCAAUGUGCCUGAACAUCAUGAUUUGGAGAGUCAAGUGUCCAGGCUGGAAGACACAGUGUGUUAUCUGAAGUCUCGGAAAUACAAAGAUAAAUGGUCAGAGGCAGCAGAGCAGAAAUGGCAAAAGGAAGUGGAAAAAUUGCAUCAAAAUAUUGAGGGACUUCUGCACGAGAGAGAAGAGUUGGAGAAUGAAUUAGCAGAGCUACAGAGAGCAGCUCAAAAGCAUAAACGUAGGGGCUUUAUUGAAGGAUACACUGACAACCUUAUAGCAGAACUGCAGUUAGAAAAAUCUCUUAAGCAUCAUGAAGAUAUUGCAGAUGAAAUUGAAUGUAUAGAGAAGACCCUUCUGAAGCGACGAGCAGAGCUCAGAGCAGCAGAUCAGCUGCUGGCAGAAGCUGAGGUGGAACUGGAGAGCACACGGGGGAAAACUAAAGACACCAUCCAAAAGUACAAUCAUGCCAAACAGCAUUUGUCCCGUGCUGAAACUGAGGCAAAGGAGCUGGAGCAAAGGGCUCAGGAAAUGGCCAUUAAGGUUGUGAAAGCAGAUCAGCAAUUCAGGUUAUUACAGGCAGAUACAAGGGAUUUGGAACAGCAGAAGAGGGAACAAGAAGGUGUUCUGAAGGAAAUCAACAAAAUGGUGGCUGCAAGAGACUCCGAGUUCCAAUCAUUAAACCAAAAGAUGGAAAUGCUGACUGAAAGUCUUCAGAAGCUUCAAGGAGAUGUUAAAGUUGCAGAAGGCAAUGAAGAACAUCACCUCCAAAUCCUUAGAGAAGCUGAAAACCUUCUUCAAGGCAAGAAAACUGAACUGGAAAGAUUAAAAGAUGAGGUUACUGCUCAGCAACAAGAGCUCUUGUUUCUGGAGAAACAAUUAAAUCAAAGGAAGGAAGAGCUCCAAGUUCUUCAAGAGUCUAUUUCUCAAAAGAAAGGGGACCUCAGAGAAGUACUUCGAGAUGGAGAGAGUGAAGCAAAUGAAAAACUAUGCCAAAUAAGAGAAAUAAAACUACUUCUGGAAGAGCUUAAUGUUGAGAGGAAAGAACUGGAAGUCCAGAUUAAUGAGAGAAGAGCACAGCUUUUGUUCAUAAAGAAGGAUAUUGGAAAAGAGGAGGAAAAUCUUCAAGGAAUACUUGGACAAAUUACCAGGCAUAAGACAGAAUUGAAACAUGUUCUGGAAAUGCUGGAGCUUGAAAAUAAUGAACUUCAAGGUUUGAAACUACAACAUGACCACAAAAUCAAUGAGCUAGAAAAGGCUCAGGUUGCAGUUCUAGAAGAGAAGUUAAAGCUGGAGAAUAUUCAGAGAUUAUUUCAGUGUCAGCAAGGGGAAGUAGAUUGGCAGGAACAACUACUUGAGAAAGACCGACAGAAGAACCAACAUCUGGUUUCUCAAAUGCACACUCUGCAAAACACCAUUGAGUCUCUGAAUAAGGAAAAAGAAAAGCUUGAAGAAAACUGUCAGGCUUUGGAAAAGAAGUUGUCACAAACUAGAAGAGAUUUAACAGCUACUGAAGAUACCAGCAGAACUGUGUUGUCCAAUGUAGAAAAAAUGGAACUGGAUGUUAAAAACCUGAAGCAGGAAGUAGACCUACUGAACAACCAUAAAAGAUCACUGAAUGGAGACAUUAUUGUUGUACAAAAGGACCUUCAAGAAAAAAAGGAAGAACUGGAAACACUGAAAAGAGAAUUAAAUGAUUCCAGGCAACAGCUUCAACUGGUAGAACAGGAUUUGAAAAAUAAUACAAGACAUCAAGAUGAGUUGCUUAGAGAGCAGGCAGUCCUGAAAGAAGAUAUCCUGGAGUAUUUAAGGAAACGUAAGGAUUGCCAGGAGAGACAGAAAAAGAGAGAGAACCAAUUGCAGCAGCUCCAGAAAGAGAUCAAAGAGAAGGAAACAGAACUGGCCAAACAAGAAGUGAUUCUUCAUCAGCUGAAGCAAAAUUCAGAGCGUGAAGGAAAAAAACUGGAAGAAUGCACUGCUAAGGUGAAAGAUCAGAAAAUACUCUUGGAAAAGGAAUUAACAGAGAAACAAAAGAAACUGGAGCAGGCAAUAGCAAAAAUUAGAGUGGCAGAAGAAAACCUUGGGAAGCUGGAAAAGGAGGAGUCCCGAUGUGCAGCACUUGAAGAAACUGUCAGGAAAAGCAAACAACAGCUCUCAGAAAAAGAUUUACAAUUACAACAGAAAAGCAGAGAAAUACAGUCUCUUCACAAAGAACUGGAAGUCUCCAAGUCUGAGCUAAAGCAUCUCCAGGAUCAGAUUGCAUCAGAGAGGAAAAAAGCUGAAAAACGAAUCCUGAGUCUGAAAGAAGCCAUGAAAAGGCAAAGGAUGCAGCUUGAAAGAAAACUGCAGGAACAAAAGCAUGAAAAUAAUUGUUUGCAGAGUGAUGUAGCAACUGCAGAACAAGCAGCACACAAUAACCAGGAACAAGUUGAGCACCAUAUGAAGGACCUUGGCCAGAUCCAACAGGACUACAGGGAUCUCCAAACCCAGGUUAAAGCUCAGGAAGACCUGGAAAAGUGGCAAAGGGAAAUCCAGAACACAGCAAUGUUGCUUAAACUGGAGGUUGAAGAUGAAAUCAGGGCGGGGUUUAAAUCUUCAAACCUCUGCUCUCUGCAACCAUCAGAAGGUCUGGAAGCAUCAUCUGAAGCUCAGGGUGGGCUGCAGUGUCAGUCUGGUAACUUAGAGACUGCUGUGUUUGCUGCUGCUGACAAAAGGCUCCUCGCAUUGAAAGAAAAAUUGGAUUUUUCUCAAGUCUUCCUAAUGGAUGAGCAGUGGCGUGGAGAGGCUCUGCGGGAACAGCUGCAGCACCAGGAAGAUCGGCUGAAGGCUCAGCUCCAGCAGUGCCUGUCCAAGCAAGUGGAGGUGUUGAUCAGAGGGAAGCAGCAGACAGAGGGCUCCCUGCACAGCCUGAAGCUCCAGGUAGAUGCUCUGGAUGACCUGGUCAGCAGCACUGCUUCAGAUUCCCUGCUUCUGACCCAAAGCUCAAGUCUGGUGUCCUUCCACGAUGCCCUGAAUUUAAGAGAAACACAGGCUACUCUGACACAAGUAGCACACUUCCCCAGCAGCCCAGCAGGGAUUUCCAUGGUGCCCCAGACUCUCCAGUCCUGCUCACGAGGAAUUUCUCAGUGAAUCCCAGAGGGGAGAUCUGGCAGGAGCCCUGGAGCUGAGUCAGGAGCAUCCUGCAGGCACACAGGCAAGGGGUGGGGGUAGCCCAGGUGUGGGUCCUGGAGCCUCUUGUCCUUUUCCAGUGAAAGCCAUUCCUGGGGUUGGUGUUCCAGCCCUUGCUGCUGCUUUGGAGCUGAAAGGUGAAUUUUCACCCUUGGUUACCACCUUCUAAGGUUUCUACCUCACACUUUUAAAAGCCUCUUCUAGAAAGGUUAUUUGCCACCACUAGCAGCCAGCUGGCUGCAGGGCCUGCUCUGUACUGUGUUUUUAAUGAUUAAAUAACUGAGCUUUAUGUAUAUAAGGUUUUUUUUUUUAAAAGUAUUUUAAAUGUGUCCUAAACAACAGCUUCUAUUUAAGUGUUGGUAUUUGUUUGUUUCCACUUUUAAAAUAAACCUUUUAGCAGGAAGUUUACCUGGUGUCAAAUGCAAGGAUGUUUUCAAUACAGUAAUUUUUUUUUUAAUACUUAAAAUAAAAUCCAGUGACUGAG